AUGAAGAUGUGUUGGUCCACCUCGUGGUGCCUCCCGGUGCUCCUGCUCGUCGUGUGCGUCUCCUCAGACACGGUCACGCGCAACAACGCCAGACGCGGGGCAACACUCGGCUCCUACAAACAGGACUGGCCGGGUCCGUCCCUGGCGGAGGCGGUCCUCUGGGACCUCCUCCAGAUGGCCAACGAGGCGACGGAGGCGGACGAGCGGCAGAACGGCGUCGGGGGUGCCGAGGAGCCGCCGCCUGUCGGCCGCGUCGGCGAACGCGACCUUCCUGUGCCGCUGGGCCCUCGCGAGCGCAAAGCGGGAUGCAAGAACUUCUUCUGGAAAACAUUCACGUCCUGCUGAGUCGGCCUUUUCUUCUUUUUCCCGCUAAUUUGCAAUAAAAACAUUUGGAGGACA